AUGGACAAGGGCGCGCUGAUGUCGCAGGACCCGGGCCAGAGCGGCGGCGGCAGCGCGGGCUCGUUCUCGAGCCUGCGCGCGUACGGCCGCGCGCUGUCGCAGACCCCGCGUCGUCUGGCGCGGCGCGCGUGCGCGGCGACGGCGCCGGAGGAGGAGAUGAGCCGCGUGCGCGCGCGUUCGGGGGCGUCGAUGGCGCGCUCGCUGCGGUGGCCCGACCUGGUGGGUCUGGGCCUGGGCGGCAUGGUCGGCGCCGGGGUGUUCGUCACCACGGGCCGCGCCACGCGGCUCUACGCGGGGCCCGGCGUGAUCGUGUCGUACGCCAUUGCCGGCCUCUGCGCGCUGCUGUCCGCCUUCUGCUACACGGAGUUCGCCGUGGACAUGCCCGUCGCCGGCGGCGCCUUCAGCUACCUCCGCGUCACCUUCGGUGAAUUCGCGGCGUUCCUGACGGGCGCGAACCUGAUCAUGGAGUACGUCUUCUCCAACGCCGCCGUGGCGCGCAGCUUCACGGCCUACAUGGGCACGGCCGUCGGCGUCGACGCGCCCAGCAAGUGGCGCAUCGCCGUGCCGGGCCUACCCAAGGGGUUCAACGAGGUCGACCUCGUCGCCGUCGGGGUCAUCCUCCUCAUCUCCGUCUGCAUCUGCUACAGCACCAAGGAGAGCUCGAUUGUGAACAUGGUGCUCACGGCCGUGCACGUGGCCUUCAUCCUCUUCAUCAUCGUCAUGGGCUUCUGGCGCGGCGACGUGCACAACCUGACCCACCCCGCCGACCCGGCCCACCCGGGCGGCUUUUUCCCCAACGGCGUGGGUGGUGUGUUCAGCGGCGCCGCCAUGGUGUACCUGAGCUACAUCGGCUACGACGCCGUGUCCACCAUGGCCGAGGAGGUGGAGCGUCCGGCACGCGACAUCCCCAUCGGCGUGUCGGGCUCCGUCGUCAUCGUCACCGUGCUCUACUGCCUCAUGGCUGCGUCCAUGUCCAUGCUGCUUCCCUAUGACGCGAUUGACACGGAGGCGCCCUUCUCCGGUGCGUUCAGGGGCAGCGAUGGGUGGGGGUGGGUGUCGAACGUGAUCGGCGCCGGCGCGAGCCUGGGCAUCCUGACGUCGCUCAUGGUGGCGAUGCUGGGGCAGGCCAGGUACCUGUGCGUCAUCGGCCGCUCCGGCGUCAUGCCCGCCUGGCUCGCCAAGGUGCACCCCAAGACUGCCACGCCCGUCAACGCCUCCGCCUUCCUCGGGCUCUUCACGGCCGCGCUGGCGCUCUUCACGGAGCUGGACAUCCUGCUCAACCUCGUUUGCAUCGGCACGCUCUUCGUCUUCUACAUGGUGUCCAACGCCGUCGUGUACCGCCGCUACGUCGUCGGCUCGCACACCACCACCGUCGCCACCUCCUCCGACGAGCGGCCUCGGUGCGGCGCGUGGCCGACGCUCGCGUUCCUCCUCGCCUUCUCCCUCAUCGCUCUCUCCUUCACGCUGGUGUGGAAGCUGGCGCCGCAGGAGGGCCGCGCCAGGGUCGGGCUCCUGGUGGCGUGCGGCGUGGCGGCGGUGGCCACGGUCGCCGCCUUCCAGGCGCUGGUGCCCCAGGCGCACACGCCCCAGCUGUGGGGCGUGCCGGGGAUGCCGUGGGUGCCCGCGGCCUCCGUCUUCCUCAACGUCUUCCUGCUCGGCUCCCUGGACAGGCCUUCCUAUGUCCGGUUCGGCUUCUUCUCGGCGGCCGCCGUGCUCGUGUACGCGCUCUACAGCGUGCACGCCAGCUACGAUGCGGAGGAGAGUGCCGCGCUAGAGGGUGCCAAGGUGCAGGACGAAGAUUGCAAGGUGUAGCUAGCUAGGGCGGACUGAUCGAUGGAGCUAGUUUAACUGGUGCUCUAGCCGUUAACUUCUUCCUUUACUUAUUUUUCCCUGUGGUCGUGUUCUUAGAUUCUUAGUGGUUGGCAGCAGAGCAAACGAGCUAACAAGGUGAUGAAACGCGAAAA